CACGUGACCAAAAUUUUAACGUCGCCGCCAACUUUUCCCCCUUCCAGAGUCAUUGUCUUCACAAUUGACCUAUACUUCUCACUCAUUGAGAGACUGGUCUUGACGCAUUCAAAGGCAACACAAGAGGUCACAUUUAUCCGUGAAGAGACACUCUCAUCAUGCCUUCCGCAAGCAAACAGAAGCGAAUGGCCGAAAAAGCUGCCAAAGCAGCUGCCAAGGGCGACACCCCUUCAUCCUCCAUGACCCCCGCGACAUCCACCAAUGGACAUUCGACUCCCAUGACCAACAUGAGUGCCAAUGCCAGCGAGGAGGCUCUGGCGGAUGCUCAAGCCGAGAUGAAGAAGCUUAAUCUCGCUACAGACAGGAGUGCAGCUGGUGUCCUUGUCUCUGACCCUCAAUCAAGAGAUAUCAAGAUCGAUCAGUACACUUUGAGUUUCCAUGGAAGACUGUUGAUCGAGGGAGCUGAAAUCGCACUCAACUAUGGGCAGAGAUACGGUCUGUUGGGAGAGAACGGUUCCGGAAAAUCCACAUUCCUUCAGUCCAUCGCCGAGAGAGACGUCGAGAUUCCCGACCACAUCGAUAUCUACCUCGUCAGUGGAGCUGCCGAACCAUCAGAUGUCAAUGCCCUCGACUAUAUCGUAGCGUCAGCCAAGGAAAAGGUCGCACGUUUGGAGAAGCUGGCGGAAGACAUGUCUUUGGCGGACGAUGUCGAUGAGGUCGCCCUUGAACAGAUCUACGAGGAGUUGGAGGAAAUGGAUCCGAGUACAUUUGAAGCCAAGGCUGGAGCCAUCUUGAGUGGUCUUGGAUUCUCGCAAGUCAUGAUGGCGAAACCUACCAAAGACAUGUCUGGAGGUUGGAGAAUGAGAGUGGCACUGGCUAGAGCAUUGUUCGUCAAGCCUCAUUUGCUCUUACUUGAUGAGCCGACGAGUCAUUUGGAUUUGGGAGCUGUGGUGUGGCUCGAAGCAUACCUGGCGACAUACAACCAUAUUUUGAUUCUCACAUCCCACUCGGCUGAUUUCAUGGAUAAUGUCUGUACCAACAUCAUGGACCUGACCGUGAAGAAGAAGAUGGUCUACUACGGAGGAAACUACACGACCUAUGUCCGGACAAAGUCUGAGAACGAAGUCAACCAGAUGAAGGCGUACGCCAAGCAGCAAGAAGAAAUUCAGCACAUCAAGAAAUUCAUCGCUUCCGCUGGUACUUAUGCCAACUUGGUCAAACAGGCCAAGUCCAAGCAGAAGAUCAUCGACAAGAUGGAGGCUGCUGGAUUGAUCGAAAAAGUCGAACAGCCUCGACUGUUGAGAUUCAACUUUGAGGACGUCAAGAAGCUUCCACCACCCAUUAUUGCCUUUAGCGAUGUGGCGUUCUCUUACUCGGGUGAAAAGAAGGACUACCUAUACCGUGAUCUCAACUUUGGUAUCGACAUGGACUCAAGAAUUGCCAUUGUCGGAGACAACGGUACCGGAAAAUCUACCCUGCUGAAUCUCAUUACCGGAGCUUUGGUUCCGGUCGAAGGCACAGUCUCCCGACACAAUUCACUAAAACUUGCCAAGUACUCGCAACAUUCAGCCGAUCAAUUGCCAUACGAUGUAUCCCCAGUCGAUCACCUCGCGUCACUCUACCAUGAGAAGUUCCCAACUGCUGAUAUGCAGUUCUGGAGACAGCAGAUCGGACGUUUCGGAGUUACUGGCGCCCAUCAGACCAAUCCUAUCAAUCAACUUUCUGAUGGAUUGCGGAAUCGAGUCGUGUUCGCUAUCCUCGCUAUGGAACACCCUCACGUCUUGUUGUUGGAUGAGCCUACCAACCACUUGGACAUGGCCUCUAUCGACUCUCUCGCUGCUGCCAUCAAGGAGUUUGAGGGUGGUGUCGUGAUUGUCUCACACGAUUUCCGUCUGAUCUCUCAAGUCGCCGAUGAUCUAUGGGAAGUCAAGGAUAAGACAGUCACCAACUUGACAAAGGAAGACAUCACAAUUGUAGACUACAAAAAGUCCUUGGCUAAGAGAAGUCAAGCGCAGAUUGAAAAGGCUCGAUUGAUCUCAAAGAACGCGACAAAGGGAGUAGUAUAAAUGGCUCGUAUCGUCCAUCAAAGGGGCACUGCCACUGUGAUCUGAGCUUCUCCAUUCAUAGACAACAUUUUUCGCCUCUUCAGGGCAGCAGAUCAGGUUUCAUCUUGUAGCAUGUCGGUGCAAUAAUGACAACA